AUGAGUUUGCUCACUACUCUCACCAGCUAUCUGCCUCAACAUGAAGGUGUACUUCCUCAAUGGCUUCUCUUCAUCUCCAUAACCUCCCUCUUCAAUACAGUUCAAUGCUACUUCACUCUCCACUUUAACUCCCAGAUCUACAACGCAAUUCCUACAUCCAACACCACUCCCAGCAAAAGCACCGCUCAAUCCUACCCUCCAACCACCUCCGCGACACCUCUCUCUUCUCGUACAUUCGGAACAUGGACUCUUAUCACUGCGAUUGUGCGUCUUCAAGCUGCAUACUACAUCAGUAAUCCACAAAUAUAUCAAUUGGGGUAUGCGACGUUUAUUGUUGCCUGGUUACAUUUUAUGGGUGAGUGGUUAGUGUUUGGUACUGCGAAGAUGGGGAAGGGAUUGGCAGGGCCAGCGGCGGUAUCCACCGCGACGUUGAUCUGGAUGUGGAUGCAGUGGGGAUUCUAUGUUAAAUAA